ACUUUUCGGUCUGGAGAGAGAGGAAAGAGAGGAAAGAGAGGACGAGGAGCCGAGCGAGGGAGGGAAGUCACGAAAGAGAGGACGAGCGAGGGAAGACAGGAAAGAGAGGACGAGGAGCGGAGAGAGGGAGGGAGAGAGAGAGAGCGCGAGAUUGUUUGUCGAAUCGGCGAGUAUUUACUCGUUUGUCCGGUUCUUUAUCGAGGUUUCUGCCGUCUGCCGAUUGCUUAGCCCGUCGUCGUAGUCGCGGCGGCGUCUCGCGUUUAGUGAGAAAGGAAGAUCUGGUGGUCGGGGUCGUCGACACAAUCGCUCACGCGUCGUCUUGGUUCAGUUUGUAGGUGCGAGGGAGUUUUUCUUGGUGCGGAAAGUCGGUGGUGUCGCGGCCCGUCGAAUCUCCGCCCACUGUUGGUUGAUCAGCUGCUGUUGGCGAAAUGGUGGUUGGAGGCAAUCAGUCGGGUAAGGGUGCUAAGGGCUUGCUGCUCGGCAAGGCUCAGGAUGCGGGUGACAAGAAGGACAAGAAGAAACCUGUUUCGAGGUCUUCUCGUGCCGGGCUGCAGUUCCCGGUCGGACGUAUUCAUCGGCUUUUGAAGUCUAGAGUGGCCGCCAAUGGGCGAGUUGGUGCUACUGCAGCAGUUUACUCUGCAGCAAUUUUGGAGUAUUUGACUGCAGAGGUGUUGGAGCUAGCUGGCAAUGCCAGCAAAGAUCUGAAGGUGAAGCGAAUCACUCCCCGGCAUCUGCAAUUGGCAAUUCGAGGAGAUGAGGAAUUGGACACCCUCAUAAAGGGUACAAUUGCCGGGGGAGGUGUUAUCCCUCAUAUUCACAAAUCGCUCAUAAAUAAAACAUCAAAGAAAGAUUGAGCGGUUGUACAUGGGAACUUAACUGUACAUGGGAAGAAUUUGGUGGACAACUGGACCUGAACUUCCCCUCCCCCUUGCGUUUUUAAAUGAGGAGACAGAGAUUAGACAGGUGUUAAAUCUGAGAUCUGUAGGUGGAAUAGAUCUCGAGGUAGAUAGGUGUACAUGGAAUUAACCACGCAGAUGGAUUAAGGCCGUCAGUGCUAGUAUAGUAGGAAACUUUUCAACUCACGCAGCACUCUUUUGAGGAAGGUUUGUAAUGGUGAGAAUCUUAUAACGAUAUUCACCUUCAAUAUCUGCUGAAUUUUGCAUUACAGACCGUACCCAUCUUAAUCUCCACCUUUUCACCCUUGAACCCAUUUUGCUAAUCGCAUCCUUUUGUGACAUCGACACAUACAUUUAAUUAAAAAUUUCUACAUAUUACUU